AUGUCUGCUCUUUCUCACUCCCACCUCAAUAUUUCAACAUUUGUUCUCACUGGAGUUCCUGGUCUAGAAGUUUACUCCCUCUGGCUCUCCAUCCCCUUCUCCUCCAUCUAUGCCAUGGUGUUCCUGGGAAACUGUACGGUGCUCCAUGUGAUCAGGACUGAGCCAAGCUUGCACCAGCCCAUGUUCUACUUCCUGGCCAUGCUGUCCCUCACGGAUCUGUGCAUGGGACUGUCCACUGUGUACACGGUGCUGGGAGUCCUCUAUGGGUUCAUGCAAGAUAUCAGCCUGGAUUUCUGCAUUGCUCAGUCCUAUUUCAUCCAUGGUCUGUCCCUCAUGGAGUCCUCUGUCCUCCUGGCUAUGGCCUUUGACCGCUACAUUGCCAUUUGCAACCCUCUACGCUACUCCUCCAUCCUAACCAAUGACAAAAUCAUGAAAAUCGGGGUGGCAAUUUUGUGUAGAAGUUUUUCAUUCAUUUCUCCUGCCAUCAUCUGCCUGAAGUUCUUAAAUUACUGCCGUCCUCACAUCCUCUCUCACUCUUUCUGCCUGCACCAAGACUUACUUCGAUUGGCCUGUUCAGACAUCCGCUUCAACAGCAUCUAUGCUCUGGUUCUGGUGAUCAUGAACUUGCUGCUGGAUGCUGUGCUCAUCAUAAUCUCCUACAUUAUGAUCUUGCACACUGUCUUAGCCAUCGCAUCCCGGGAGGAGAGAAUGAAGUCCUUACAGACCUGUGUGUCUCACAUCUGUGCUGUUUUGGUUUUCUACAUCCCAAUCAUUGGUCUGACCAUGGUUCAUCGCUUUGGCAAACACCUCUCUCCUCUGGUUCAUGUCCUCAUGGGCAACAUCUAUAUCCUUUUCCCACCCUUGAUGAACCCCAUUAUCUACAGUAUCAAGACCCACCAGAUACGAAGGAGAGUGCAGAGGUUGUUCUCCUUGAAAACAGUCUAA